AUGUCCACAGAAGUUGUUCGAGAAACCAAAGUCCUUUUGACUCCGCAUAACUACACUCUCUGGUUGUUACCGAUGGAAGCAAGACUCUUCAAACUGAAACUCCUCGAUAUCGUUGAAAUUCAAGCUGAAGUUACUGAAAAAGAAGAAGCGGCAUCGAUUAAAUCUAACAAUGAUGCAUACGCCGAAAUCAUAUCGUAUGUUGGUCAGGAAGUGCUCGGUUUUGUCAGUUCUGCUCUCCCUGCAUCCCCUCGCUUCAACGGCCGUGGACUUUGGAAACUGUUGAAAUCUCAAUAUGCCGGCGACGACCUCACAUCUCAAACGACCGCACUUGAUCAGUUCCUUCACCUCGAUUUCUCAUCAAUCGCGAAGUUCAUUCCAUCCGUUCGAUCCGCCAAUCAAAAAAUAACGAUGUCUGGUCUCAUCUUGGACGAUCGCGUCCGAACGAUCUUAAUGUUGAAAAAGUUACCAUCGGACUAUCGCUCAUUUCGCGAUAUUGUUUCGAUGAACUACGGUUCAGAAUCCUUUGAAUCGGUCAUCAAGAAACUCGAGAGCUAUGUUGCUCAGAAUGAUCUUGAUAAGAAACCACCAGCAACCUCGUCGACUCCGCUACAGUCUCUCCUCACUCGAUCGAACGAUCAAGCCCCUGCGAAUUCUACGCUAUGCGAUCACUGUAAGAAACCCGGACAUCGCGUUAACAACUGUUGGGCUAAGUAUCCUGAGAAAGCCCCCAAAUCUCAUUCAGCACACUUAACUGUUCAAGAAAACUACAAUCAGCUCAGCGAUCCAACCGACUUCUCUCUCUUCAGAACAGCUGAUGGUGUCCUUCAUCACAUCGAUGAAGUGAAGUAUGAAGGUGUCCGAUACUUCUAG